UGCAAGCGUCGUCAGGCAGGCCGGGUCAAUAACAAUCGGGCAGGUAGGUACAGGGGGUCAGGCAGAGAAUGGUCGGGGUCACAAGCCAGGGAUCAAACAGGAGAAGUCAGCAGAGAUCCGGAUCAGGCAGGGUCGGCAACAAAUCAGACAGGGACAGGAACAGGAACAGGAAUGCAGGUAACAAGAUACAGGGGCCCAUAGGAAAACACACACCAAGGCACAGACUGCAGGUCUGGCCAUCCCUUAAAUACACCUGCAAUCAGCAUUCCGGGUGGAAUGCCUAAGAAUACACCUAGACUGAUGACAUCUAGUGGCCGACUUGCUGAUGACAUCUGCCUGGUAUCAUAAGUCCAGAGCACCAGGAGCAGGU